AAAGUUAAACAACGACGUCGAAAAUUAAAAAGAUUGAUAGUCAAUUUAAAAAUGACUCCUAUAGUUUUUAAGCAUGCUAGAAAUAUGUUAUUAAUAAGUCGAAUGUUAUAUAUUUACAUAAGACAAAAUCAUUCUUUUCACGAACUUAAAAUUAACGUUUCUAUUAUCAGAAAGCUAAGAGAAUUUGGAAUAAAGUCUCCAACUAAUAUACAAAUUCAGACUUUCCAAGAGUUUCAGAGUGGUAAAAAUAUAGUAAUUAAUUCUGAAACUGGAAGUGGAAAAACACUCGCCUAUGCAUUGCCUAUUGCUCAAAAAUUGAUUAAUUUAAAGAAAGUUUGUAAAAAAGUACCCAGGCCUUUUGCUCUAGUAUUGGUACCAAAUGCACAUUUAGCUCAUCAAGUUAGCGAGGUAUUUCAGUCUCUUUUAUCUUUAAAUACAUGUUUUGCAUGUGAAGAAUCGCGUCUGUAUUUGCUUAAUACUGAUAUUGUAGUCAGUACUGCAUUAUAUCUAUCUACAUAUCCCUUAAAUGUUUUAAAUGAAACACAAGUUGUUGUCAUCGAUGAAGCUGACAUUCAAAUAGCAAGCAAAGUAGGAAAGACAGGAAAAAAAGACCCUUUGUUUAACCUCAUUAAACAUUUCAAUCAAGCAGAUAGUUAUAAACCACCAAUAAUUUCUUUAGAUACACCAAACAACUUUUUAGAGUUUAAUAAUUUUAAAAGACAAUUUGUAUUUGUUGGAGCCACAAUGCCAGAUAAUUUAAGUCCAAAAAGCAAAACUGCAAUACCAUACAUACGUUCAUGGCUUCCUGAAAUUCAAAUUGUUCAUAGUGAAAGUGCCCACAAAGUAGUCCCUACAGCAGAAAUGGAAUUUAUUGAUGUACUGGAGGGAAACAAAUAUAAACAUUUAGUUGAAUGUGUUUCCUUGCAUUGUAAAAACAAAGAUAUUCCUUACAAAGUUUUAGUUUUUGUGAAUAAAGUUGAAACUGCUAUUAAUCUGUAUAAAAAACUAACUUCAAAAAUUAAUUAUGAAUCUAUACUAGAAAAUGAUGCCAAGUUCACCACAUUAUUUGCUUUAUUUCAUGAAGUAUGGCACGAUAACAUAUCACUUCUUCAUAGUAAUAUUGACAAUAAAUAUAGGGAAGAAGUUUUUAGUCAGAUUUUAUUUGCUAAUAGAGCUAUGAUUAUUACUACAGACGUUAUUUCAAGAGGGAUUGAUUUUCCAGAUUUAGAUAUGGUUGUUCAGUUUGAUUUUGCUACCAAUGCUAUAGACAUUUUACAUAGAGCAGGCAGAACAGCCAGAAUGGGUAAAAAAGGAAAAAUUGUCAACUUUAUAACAAACCAAGACAAAGAACUAUCAACUGCAGUGCAAGACUUAUUGGCAAAAAAUUUGCCCUUUGAUAGCCUAUUUAGCAGACAUAGAAGUUUGUCACGUAAAAAACAUCGUAAUCAAGAUAUUACAAAAAACAAUGUUUUGGAAAGUGAAAAUUGUGUUUAAUUUUAGUGUAAAAAAAAUGGUGAAGUUUGCAUUAGAAAAUUUUGAUUACUGGAAAUAAGGAUAUAUCAAAUUAUUUUCAUCAUCUUUUUUCAUCAUGGUCUGUGAUACUGUAACAGAUUAUCCAGUUGUGUCUAGUUGCAAGCAUUUUUUUUUCUUGCAUAUAAAAAAAAUGCUCUUUAACUGUCUUAACUUUUCAAUUCAUUCUAGAAUUUUUUUUAAUAUCAAAGAUCACUACAUCAUAUGGUUGAUUAAUGUAAUACUAAGAUUGUGGUGUUAGAUUCCAGAUCUCCCAUUUCAAAAAAAUUAUAUUAGCAUUUAAUUUUGUUAUUUUUUGGUUUACAAAUGAAAUAGUAUAUUUUAUA